AUGGCAAGACCCAAGCAACCGGUGAGAAACCACCCAUCCCGGCGUUCACUUCGCCGGCGAAAGACCACCGUUGCUUCCACCGCCAGUACGCCGCUGACGACCGCACCUAUUGCAUCCUCGUCGGCCAAGCCAUCUUCAUCGGCGACGGGAGGAUCCUCCACCGCUAGUGCCAUCGCCGCGAGCACCAUUGCCACUUUUCGCUACCCCACUCCGGCGACUGUAAGUACUCCUCCUCCAUCUUCAUCCACACAACACUCAACCCCAACCACCACUGUACUCUCUUAUGAUGAUGAUGGUAUGGCUGUCCUUACAAGGGUGGCUCUAUCAUCUCAUUUGGCCGAAUCAUCCUCAACCCCAAAACCAUUUUCCAUUUCAUUGAGUACUUCAUAUGCCCCUCCCACGAUUGCACCCUCAAGACCCAUUUCUACUCCCAUCCAAAGUGAUGAGGAACCAACCCUAGCCCCUUCACCCACGGCUUCCCCAAAACACUCACGGUUCGAUUUGAACCAAAUGGGGGAGGGUGAGGAUGAUGGCUUGAAUGAUAUCACAUUUGAUUUUGAAGGUAUACCGGAGGGAGGACAAACCGAGAGUUACCCAUUCGAGACACCGUCAACUUUUGGUGCCGGAAAAAAGCCCGAUAAAACCCCCGAAACAGCCCCUACUGUUGAAAGGAGGCAAACUCGUUCAUCGAGUCAAGCUUCGGGUGGGCCGAAGACUAGGUCCUAA